CUAAUAAUGAGAUAAAUAUUGAAGAAAUUUGGAAUAACGCAAUGAAUCGUUUAAAAAUUAAUAAUAUUGAAGUGCAAUCUAUGGAAGCAAGAAUAAUUGGCCUUACUGAAUCUGUAGAUUGGAAACUUAUACUUAAAACUCCUGAUCAUUAUAAUUUAAUUAAAAAAACUAGACCAAAUUUUUUAAAGGAACAAUUAAUUGAAGAUUUGAUGACAUGGAAAGUGAAGCUUGAUCAAGUCAAAAAUGAUACAGAUGCUAUUUUGGCCACUAUGACCUUGGAAAAUUUAAUUUAUUCUGAAGUUGGUAUAAAUAAAAAUUUGACAGAUACAAAUAGUGACUACAACCAGCUAAAAAUUGCUCUAAAGGACUGUAUGGAUGCAUUUAUUGAUAAAAUGAACGUUUCUAAAAGAUCUCUUACCAAGUUAAUGACAUUAGGGAUUCAAAUAUCAGGUAAUAAAAAAAGUUAUUAG